UGAGAAAAUUCUGCCAUUACAACUAGCCUAGAGUCACAGAUUACUGGUGGCAGUGUAGCAGAGGUUAAAGAGUCAUUACCACACAAGUAGGAAACAAGCACCAAACAUCGUGAGAAACGGUUUGUUGGAAACAAAAUUAUAUGGACAACCAACUAAUUGAAAAACAGGAAGAAGUUGAAGAGGUUCUGGAGUCCAGUUUACCAGUUGAAGAUAAGGAAUUAAAAGAUCCAUAUUGUGAUGCCGAUAAUCCUGUUCAGGUCAAAUUCGAGGAUAUUAGUGCUGCUGCCUAUAAAAUCAAAGGAGGAGUACAGCACACACCAUGCACAAAAUCCCAGAUGUCACAGUUGUUUGGAAUGGACAUGUAUUUCAAAAAGGAGUUCUUGCAGUUCACUGGAAGCUUUAAGGAGAGAGGAGCACGGUAUACACUUUUGGCACUGACAAAGGAGCAGAAGAAGAAAGGUGUUAUUGCUGCCAGUGCUGGGAACCAUGCACUAGCUCUCGCCUACCAUGGAAAUAACCUUGGUAUUUCAGUCACUGUUGUCAUGCCAAUUGUUGCCCCCAUCAUGAAAGUGUCAGCUUGUCGCAAUCAUGGAGCAAAAGUUAUUGUCCAUGGAAAAGACAUAAGCGAGAGCAAAGAUUAUGCCAUGCAUAUGAGUCGGGACCAAGACUUGAUAUACAUAAAUGGCUAUGAUCAUCCUAACAUUCUUGCGGGACAAGGAACUAUGGGACUGGAGAUUAUUGAACAAGUUCCUGAUCUUGAUGCUUGUGUUAUUCCUGUCGGAGGUGGAGGUCUCAUUGCUGGAACAGCUCUUGCUAUCAAGAGUUUGCACCCAAAAGUUACCAUUAUUGGAGUUGAAAUUGAGAGAUGUGCAAGCUUUACGGCAGCUCUUGAAGCUGGAAAACCAGUCUACACUACCACAUCCUCAUCAAUAGCAGAUGGCCUGGCUGUACCAACUGUUGGAGUGAAUGCUUUCUUUACUGCCAGACAUCUCAUUGACAAGAUGGUUGUAGUUCAAGAAGAAUCAAUUGCUUUGGCUAUUUUGCGAUUGAUUGAGCUAGAAAAGGCCGUGGUAGAAGGUGCUGGGGCAGUUGGCUUAGCUGCCAUUAUGCAAGGAUUAUUGCCAGAGCUGGCUGGCAAAAAAGUUGUCGUGGCAUUGUGUGGAGGAAAUAUUGAUACUACAGCAUUGGGUCGUGUCAUUGAAAGAGGUCUAGCAGCAGAUGGGAGACUUGUUCGAUUUAUUGUUACUGUCAGUGAUCGACCUGGUGGAAUAGCAGAACUGGCCAAAGUUAUUUCUGACCUUGGUGUCAGCAUAAAAGAUAUUUUUCAUGAAAGAGCUUGGCUGAAGUCUGAUAUUUUCUCAGUUCAGGUGAAGUGUGUUGUGGAGACUCGUGACCAGGCUCACAGCAAAGAGUUGGAAGAUGCUCUUCGCAGCCAGUACAAGAAAGUUAUCAUGGGGCUGGAUUACUUUUAACUUGUCAAUUAAGUGCAUAUUUAACAUGUACAAGAAUUGUUUGGUUUUAUAUUCAUCUUGGGAGAUACCCGGUAAUAACUUUUAACAUUUUUUUUUGUCAAGACCAAUUUUAAUGGAAAUAUUGUGUUGUACAUACAUGUAGACUGGUCCAGUUUUGAGGGGUUUCAUUUUAACAGGUUACAACAAAACCCCUCAAAACUUGCAUGUCAUUAGACUCGAAUUACCUGAAAACCGGACCUUUUCAAGGUUCCUUUUUAAAUGUUAGUACAAAACAGAAGCGCUCUAAACCAGAUAUUCCUAAUAACUGGAUGUUUUACUUGAUAACCUGGGUGCCUGGUUAUAUUUAUAUUUUUGUUAAUAAAAUGAUAAUAAAAAGAUUUUAAAAAAAUCCUCAUACCAUACCAAGCAAGCCACCAAGUCAUCUCUUGAUCUGGCAUGUUUAUGUUGUCUUCUUUUGCAGUGGAUAAUUUUAAUUGAAGGUGUUGUAAACUCAGCUUUGAAAAUGCAGAAACAUUACAUUUUUUCCUUUUUUAUUUGUGGUAAAUUAGAUUAUUGUAAUCAAUUACGUGUUGUCUGCUGGUAGAUUUGAAUAGAAAACUGACAGUAGAACAAAUAAACUGUACAGACUGA